AAAACAAUUUUGUUUUGUUUAUCGUAUUUUAUAAAAAAAAUCAUAAAGUUGUGUUUUAGUAUGAAUUCAGCAAACAUGAAUUCGUUUUUAAUGGCAUUAGAAGCUGUAAAACAAGACUAUACGUGUCGUGUUUGUAAAGAGUUGUGCAAAAAACCGGUUACAUUGAAAUGUUGUUUCCAUUUAAUUUGCGAAGAACAUAUUAAGGACUUAUUCAAAUGUCCAACAUGUGAUUUACCUUUAUUAGACCAGCCUGUGUAUAAGGACGAUACUUUAGAGGCAAGUGUAAACUCAACUUUAGAAUUAGACAAAAUAUUUUCACAAUUUAAAACAGAUACGAAUCCAAUAGAUGCAUCUAAAGAAGACAACAAAAAUGUUACUAUAAGGGGAACUCGGAAUACUAAAAAAAACGCUUCGAAAAUCAAAGAUAAAGUUAACCGCGAAUUAAGAAAAAAAUCAACAGAAAAUGAAACAUCGAAAAUGUCUCCACAAACAACACUUACAGGACAAAAACUAUUAAAAAACAUAGAAAAACGUAAUAAAAAGGGUGAAACAGCAUUACACGUUUUCUGUCGCCACGGUAAAAUAGACAAAGUACAAGAAUUACUCAAUGAAGGUGCAAAUUCUAAUACAAAAGAUCAUGCUGGCUGGACACCAUUACAUGAAGCCGUUCAAAGUGGGAGAUUAGAUAUGGUAAGAUUGCUAUUAAGUUAUAAAACCCUUGUCAAUGUACCAGGUCCUGAUAAUGAGACACCAUUACAUGAAGCAGUGAGAUAUAAUCAUAAAGAGAUAGUUAACGAAUUAGUAAUCCACGGAGCAGAUUUGAACGCUAAAAAUAAUAAAGGUGAAACACCAAUGCGAUUAGCUACUGAUGAAAUGAAAAAAAUAUUAGAAAUAGCUAUGGAAAAUGUAAUUCAAACUCAAACAGCUAACGAAACUAAUGUAUCUUCAAUACAAAUGGAACUUGAUUACGAUGAUAUAAGAGUUUACUGCAUCACACAAUACCGUACAGUACAGAAUAAAUUAAAAACAUUAGCAAAACACCAUAAUAAUGUUAGUAUAGAGUCAAAAUUCACUAAGAAGAUUACACAUUUACUAGUAGACGCGGAAGACGGUAUAUGUUUGACCAGUCUUGAUGUACUUCAAGGUAUAGUCUAUGGUGUUUGGAUUUUAUCAACCGAUUGGAUUAUAAAAAGCUCAGAAGAUCAUUUAGAAGAUUUUAACGAGUAUGAAAUAAGAGGUGUAGGUACAACAAAGUACGAUGGUCCUAAAAAAUCAAGAUAUAAUAAAUAUAAACAACUGCCGGGUUUAUUUAACGGUUGUCAUUUUUAUUUACACAAUUUUAAUACAAAUUACGAAGUAUCAAAAACAUUGAUUUUAAAUAAGACGACAUUAUCUAAAUUAAUAACAGACGCAGGAGGUAUAGUUCUACGGAGAAUACCAAAUCCAGAAUCUAUACCGGAAAAUGAGAAAUUAGUUCCUUAUCAUGCUAAAAAAGGCGGGAAACUGGAAAUAUGUUCGCAUUAUAUUAUCUUCAAAGAUAUGUACGAACCAAGAUAUAAUAUGAAGCAUUUAAAAGCUUUGCCAAUAGCUUGGUUAUUGGAAUGUAUUGAGAAAUAUGAAUUAUGUGAACCGGAAUAAAUACGUAAUU